UUCUCUUCGCUUCAGGCCAAUACAAACGCUCGCUCCUACUAGCAUCCCGUAGAAGCGCGUCAUCGUUCCUCUCUACAGAGGAAAGUCUGAUCCCAGGAGAUAAGAAAAUGUGAUCUGGAAAAGGCAGAUUGAAAAGCGAGGACUGAACCCCCCCCACAGAGUGAAGUCCAUCUCUAUGACCACCUUCACGCAGCAGGAGAUCGAGUUCCUACAGAAACAUGGCAACGAGGUCUGUAAACACAUCUGGCUGGGCCUUUAUGACGACAGGACAUCGGUCGUUCCGGAUUUCCGAGAACCGCAAAAAGUAAAAGAGUUCCUUCAGGAAAAAUACGAGAAGAAAAGAUGGUACGUUCCCCCGGACCAGGCGCGGGCCGUGGCGAGCGUCCAGGCCUCCGUGUCCGGCUCCUCGGCGAGCAGCACCGGCAGCACCCCGGAGGUCCAGCCCCUGAAAACCCUGCAGCUCAACAAAACGCCGCUGCGGCAGUCUCCGGGGAUCAGACGCUCCCAGCAUCACAGCGCCGCCCAGGAGAAGAAGUUCGACCUGCUCUCAGACCUGGGGGGGGACAUUUUUGCCGCUCCUCCAACUCAGGCUGCCCCCCACACCAACUUUGCCAAUUUUGCACAUUUUCCAAGCCAGUCAGCACCUCAGGGUAACUCAAACACCAACUUUGCCAACUUCGACGCAUUUGGAAACACUACAAUUUCAUCCCAUCUGAGCACAUCACCCCCAUCAUCAGGGGGAGGUGUGCCGAUUCCCUCCGUGUCCAGUGCCGUUCCAGCUCAGUCGCAGAAUGCAAAGUGCACAGAGGACCGCUACGCCGCGCUGGCCGAGUUAGACAACGAGCUGAGCUCCUCCGCCACCACAGCCAGCAGCAGCGUGCCAGGGGCGGUUUUCGGACCCGUCCUCAGUUCUUCGCCCGCUCAGAGCCAACCUGUGAUGGCCAACAUGCAGCCUGGCUUUGGAGCGGUUCCAUCCACAAAUCCUUUUGUUGCUGCAGCAAUAGCCCCUGACAUGGCGUCCAACCCCUUCCAGACCAACAGCAGAGGUCCAGCUGCAGCCUCGUUCGGUACCGGCUCUAUGAGCAUGCCUUCCGGCUUUGGGAACGCCUCUUCCUACUGCCUCCCGACCAGUUUCAGCGGAAACUUCCAGCAGCAAUUCCCCGGCCAGGCCCCCAUUCCCUACUCUCAGCCUGGAGCCUAUCACCCUCAGUCCAAUGGGCCCGCCUUCCCGGUCUACGCUCAGAACAAGCCGUCCGUUACGCCCUUCGGGCAGCAAAUGGCUGUGCCCAGCAUGUCC